CCCUUAGACACCAUGCUCCGAACCCUGAUCUUCGCUGCCCUAGUCUUUUAUGGACAUGGCUUAGAGGACUCCCCAGAUACCAAUGUCCGAGUUGUGGGGGGAUCCACUGCCCAAAGAAAUUCCUGGCCUUCACAGAUUUCUCUCCAGUACUCAUCUCAGGGUUCAUGGUAUCAUACCUGUGGAGGAACUCUCAUUACGCAGAAAUGGGUGAUGACAGCAGCUCACUGUGUGGACAGCAACCUGAAUUUCCGAGUUGUGGUUGGAGAUCACAACCUGUACCAGAACGAGGGCACAGAACAGUACGUAAGCAUCAGCAAAAUUGUGAAACAUGAGAAAUGGAACCCCAACAAUGUGGCCGCAGGAUAUGACAUUGCCCUGCUCCGUCUGAGCCAGAGUGUCACCCUCAACAACUAUGUCAAGCUGGGCACCCUGCCCCCAACUGGUCAGAUCUUGCCCAACAACAACCCCUGUUAUAUCACAGGCUGGGGCAAAACCAAGACCAAUGGGCAGCUGGCUGAGACCCUACAGCAGGCAUCCCUGCCGGUGGUGAGUUAUGAAACCUGCUCCAGCAGCUCUUACUGGGGAUCUACUGUCAAAAACACCAUGGUGUGUGCAGGAGGAGAUGGAGUGAAGUCUGGAUGCCAGGGAGAUUCUGGGGGCCCACUUCACUGCCUGGUUAAUGGCAGGUAUGUUGUCCAUGGAGUGACCAGCUUUGUGUCCAGCCUGGGCUGUAACGUUGCCAAGAAGCCCACUGUCUUCACCCGAGUCUCCAAUUAUAUCUCUUGGAUCAACAAUGUUAUUGCCAGCAACUGAAUUGUUUCCCUGAGACCAAAGCUCCAUCCUUCAGCAAAGGCCCUCGGUUCCUCAGCAGAAGUUAAAAUCGUGAAGAAAGUACGGAACAAGGGGACAUCGCACCAAAUGUAGACAUUGUAUACCAAAUAAAAUCAAAUUAUCAAAA